AUGGAUAUUAAUAUAGAAUUAUGGCAAGCAUUUGAUGAUAUUUUCUUUGAAGAAGAUGUACAUCGUUAUACAGACUCGGUCGGGACAAAGUAUACAUCAGUUACUACAUUUGUCGGCCAGUUUGAAUCAGAUAAAGAUUGGGAUUUAAUUGCAGAGAAGUGUCUUAAGAAACCUGAAAACUUCGGUAAGACUGUAGAAUCACUUAGAGCCGAAUGGAAAGCUAAGGGCGACUAUGCAUGUGUUCUUGGUACAGCUGUUCACAGUGUCAUGGAAUAUGCAUGGGCUAAGAAAGACUUUAAACCAGAUCCUAAAAUCUUUGAACAGUAUGAAGGUAUGGAAGAAGACUUCACCUGGCGAAAGAAGAAGGCUAAUGAACUGUUUAAGAAGCUUAAAGAAAUCUAUGUUCCUAUUAGAAAUGAAUUUAUUGUGUAUGAUCGAGACUGGGGUCUCUGUGGUACAAUCGACUUCCUUUGUUGGAACAAGGUGAAACAGUGUUACAGUAUCCUUGACUGGAAGACAUCUAAGAAGUUUGAUCAGCAUAAUCGCUACCAGAAGAUGAAAGCACCGUUUGAAGAAGAAGAUGACUGUAACUGUAAUCAUUAUUCCAUGCAGCUUUCAAUCUACCAGGCUAUCUUAGAGAAACAUUGUCCGGACAUUAAGAUCGGUGAAAGAAUUUUGGUUCAGAUUCCUUCUAAAGAAACCAACCUUUCAGUAAUCCAGCCGCAGUUGAUCUUCGAAGACAAUGGCGACCAGACCUUUACUGUUAAGGCUAACGAUAAGGAUGUUACUACAUGUUUCAUUCUCAAUGCACCCAAGGCAGACUUUGACUUCCCUGGCCAGAAGAUUGCUUUCUAUGACUAUACCAAGUUCAAGAAGUAUUUCAAUAUCUUCGAUAAGCCUGCAAAGGACCCGGCAGUAUCAAAUACUCCGAAACUCGACAUUGAUACUACUGCACAGGGCGCAGGUUACAUGUUGAAGGUAUCAUCUAGCAUCGACGCUCGCUGUUUUAACAAUAAGCUCGGUGAUCCUACAGUAGUUGCACAGCCACAGUUUAAUAAGAUUGUUUUCCCGUCUGUAGAUGCAGAACUCACAUUGUCUGCGGCAGACAUUGCGGAUUUGCAGUCCAUGGUGUCCACUGUUGCUGCUGAUAACAUUCAGUUCAGCUGUGCAGACUCAACUUGCCGUGUUACUCUUCGUAAUAACUUUAGUGGUGAUACAUAUAGCUCUGAAUAUGCAUUGGCUCAGCCGAUUCAGGUUCCGUUCGAGAUUAAUACACCGAAAACUGGCGUUAUGGCUCUUCCGUCCGAAUCCUAUACUGUUAAAUUCUGUUCCCGUGGCUUAAUUGAAUUGACACAGCUUCGUGAAGAUGACAUUAAACUCACAAUCUAUCUAACAAGGAAGAAGUAA